AUGUCAUCAAAAAUUAAAUCAAAGCGUGUUCCAGAUAAGGAUAUCAGGAAUACAGUGGGGAAUAUUCCACUGGAGUGGUACAGAGAAUAUCCACACAUUGGAUAUGACAUCGAGGGAAAUCGUCUCUUGAAACCAAAAAAAGGGGAUCAGUUGGAUGAAUUCCUUAACAAAAUGGACAACCCAAAUUACUGGCGAACAGUGACAAACAAAAUGACGGGACAGAAUGUUGUUCUGGGAAAAGAGGACCUGAAUCUGAUAGAAAAUCUAAAAUGAUUUGCACAUCCCGAAUAACUAGCC